UAGUAGCAGUGUCUGCACCUCUCUUCAGAGAACUUCAGAGAAAAAACACUGGAAUAAAUACACAGAACAGUGGCCAAAGUCCUUGUCUUUUAAGGUUGAAGUCCCUUUGAGAUAAAGGGUCAGCCGAGAUGGCGAUUAACAUGGGUGUUAAAGCUCUUCUCGGCUGGGUCAACAGCAUAAAACUAUCCGACCGAGAAAUGACUGUCCCUGAUCUACAAGAUGGGACAAUCUUACUGAAAGUUGUUUAUAUGCUGAAGAAAGAACCCAACCCCUGUUUCAGUCAUUCCAUUGAGCAACGGUUCAAACUCAUUUCAGACUUUGUGGAAAGGGAUUGCAGAUUUAGUGCAGCCAAAGGCACUUCAUUAUCUUGGGACAACAUACGAGAUGGCAUCAAUCUUACUGUAGAAAUUGCAAAGGUGCUUCUGUUGCUCGUGUACCAUGACAUGAUGAACGACCGCUGCACUCUUAACAUGUUGGAAUGUGAUGGCGAGCGCGAGAUAGCAAUUCUAACUGGUUCCUUUGUGAUGGAGAGUGAGGGCUGUGUUUAUCUGAGCAAUGGACUUGAAGCCCAUUUGGCAAGGAGAAGUUUGCCUGUUUCCCGUGAAAUAUUUGCACGAUCAGCAACCACCUCUACCUCCAGUGUGCCGACAAUCUCCUCGCUCUCAGAUGAAGACUCGCCCGUCUUCCACCGGACACAGAAAAUCACAUUUGUGGACAUGCAAACUGUGGCUUCUUCCUCAGUCAGUAAGUCUCCUUUGCAGGAUAUUAUGAACACCCCUAAAUUUCAGUUGAGAAAGAUGCAACGACAGAUGGUCAAAGAGAGAGACUACAGAGAUGGGUUGGAGAGAGAGCUGAUCAGCAAGACUGCGCUCCUUGCACAGAAUGAGUGUCACAUUAACCAGUUGCAGUACCGCUUGGAUAAGCUGAAAGAAGAUCAAGGUGACAGGGAGCAGGUUACCAGGGAACAAAUCAAUGAUCUUGAGACCAAGAGCAACACAUUACAAAUACAUCUUAAUGAGAUGUUAAAGCAAAAUAAAGACCUCAAAAGUACAUCCUCACUUAUGGAGCGUAAAGUGGAUGAACUGACAGAAGAAAAUGGUGAACUUUCCUCCCAGAUGAGGGCAGUCUGUUCAAAGCUGGCCAUCUUUGAGGCAGAAGUUGGCAGGCUGACAGAAACCCAAGCAUCAGUUCAGGAGGAGUGGACAAGCAAAACAAGCAACCUACAGUCUGAGCUCAACCAAGCUAAUGCUCAAAAGGAGCUCCUGACUGAACAGAUUCAGAUCCUCCAGGGAAAGAUUUCCUGUUUGGAGGAUGAAAUAAGCAGGGCCACUAAGGAAGAAGUAGGAGAGAAUAUGGGGCCUGUAAUGGAGAGACUGUUGGAGACUGAGAUCAGCAGUUUGAAGAAUGAACUGGAGAGUACAUUUUUCUCUCUGAAAAAGGCAGAGGGGGAUAUUCAGGCAAAAACAGAUCAGCUAGCAGAGUACCAACAAGAAAUUACUCAACAGAAAGAACUCCAGAAGCAACAGAAAUUCCACACUGAAGAAAUAAUUCAAGCCAAGGAUGAAAUUUUGGAAAAGUUGCAAAAGGAAAUCACUGAGCAGAGAGCAGUCCUUCAACAAGAGAUCCAGAAUCUCAAGCUUCAACUUGAGCAAGUUGAACAACAGAAAACUGAGCAGAUGACCAGACUACAGCACCAUAUUGCUGCUUGUGAACAAGAAAUUGAAAAACUAAAAGAAACUAAGAAAGAGAAGGAAGACCUUCUCCGAGAGACUGAUGAAAAGGUGAAAGAUCUUGAGACAAAAUUAUCUGCUGCCAGUUCUCUCUUGGCUGACAAAGACCAACAAAUUAACAGUCUCAAAGAAGAAGCUUUUGUUCUUACAGAUGAAACCAAAAAAGUCAAAGAUGAAAUUCAAGCAAAAGAGAAAAUGCUUGCCAAAUUACUUCUGGAGAAGUCUAAUGAGCAAGAAAUUCUAAAUGACAAAAUCCAAACCUUAACGGUCCAAGUGGAAGACCUUAACUCAUCUCUCAAACAGGCUGAGCAGGAAAUUCAACUUAAGCAAGAUUUACUGGCUAAAACCCAACAAGAGAAUAUCCAGCAAAGGGAAGUACUCCAACAGCAGGUCACAACCUGUGAAGAGGAGGUUCAGAGGCUAAAUGCAGAAAUACAGGUCAAAAAUGAGCAGCUUGUUAUGCUAAAGAAUGACAGUUCUCAACAGGCUGAAUUGCUGGAGCAAGAGAUUAAAGGUCUAAAAGGCCAAGUAGAAAGUCUGAAUGACUCUCUCAGAACAGCUGAGGAUCAAGUUCACACCCAGCUAGUUAUGCUUAAAAAGCAGGAGCAGGAGAGUGCUCAACAGAAGGAGCUGUUGGACCAAAAACUGUCUGCUUCUGAAGACAGGGUAAGGAGCAUGAAGGAGGAGAUCCAAGCUAAAGAAGAACAGAUUAACUUGUUAAAAAAUCAAAGUUCAGAGCAGUCAGAACUGCUGCAUCAAGAGAUCUGUGAUUUAAAGAAACAAGUGGAGUGUCUUAGUUCCUCACUGAGGUCUGCUGAGGACAAUUUGCAAUCACAGGAAAAUCUGUUUGCCAAACAGCAAUUGCAGAACACUGAGCAGAUGGAGGCACUCCAAGCGCAGUUAGUUGUGUCUGAAGAUGAGGUGAAGAAGCUAAACGCAGAGAUUCAUGCUAAGGAGGAACGGUUGGUUCAGCUAAAGACAGAGACUUCUGCAGACUCUGAUUUGCUACAGCAGGAGAUUGAGGGCCUGAAUAAACAAAUACAAAGCAUGAGCAAUUCUCUUGAGGUCGCCAAAGACCAGGUUCAAGUUAAAGAAUAUUUGAUUUCCAAGCAGGAGCAGGAAAGCACUUUGGAGAUUGAGGCACUUAGAAAUCACAGUGCAGUCCUUGAAAAGGAGUUAAAUCGGCUGAGGGAGGAAAUCCAAACUAAAGAAGAUGAGGUAGACAUUUUAAAGGUUGAGAACUGCAAGGAGUCAGAAGUGCUACAAAAUGAGAUCCAGACUCUAAAGAAUCAAGUGGAAAGUUUGAGUGAAUCACUGAAGGCUGCAACAGAGCAGGUUCAGGCGAAAGAAAAUCUGCUGAUUCAAAAAGAAUUGGAGAUUUCUCAGGAAAAGGAUACACAUCAAAACAUGCUGACAACAUCUGAGGAGGAGAUGAGAGGGCUUAGAGAAGAGAUCCAGACUAAAGAGGAACAACUAAUCAUACUAAAGAAAGAGGGCUCCUCACAUUCUGACAUGCUACAGCAAGAGAUCAGAUGUCUAAAAAACCAACUAGAUAACAUGGUUGACUCUCUCACAAAGGCUGAGGAGAAGGUUCAGACCCAGCUAGUUAUGCUUAACAAGCAGGAACAGGAGAGUGCUCAACAAAAGGAGCUGUUGGACCAAAAACUGUCUGCUUCUGAAGACGGGGUAAGGAGCAUGAAGGAGGAGAUCCAAGCUAAAGAAGAACAGAUGAACGUGUUAAAAAAUCAAAGUUCAGAGCAGUCAGAACUGCUGCAUCAAGAGAUCUGUGAUUUAAAGAAACAAGUGGAGUGUCUUAGUUCCUCACUGAGGUCUGGUGAGGACAAUUUGCAAUCACAGGAAAAUCUGUUUGCCAAACAGCAAUUGCAGAACACUGAGCAGAUGGAGGCACUCCAGGCGCAGUUAGUUGUGUCUGAAGAUGAGGUGAAGAAGCUAAACGCAGAGAUUCAUGCCAAGGAGGAACAGUUGGUUCAGCUAAAGACUGAGACUUCUGCAGACUCUGAAUUGCUACAGCAGGAGAUUGAGGGCCUGAAUAAACAAAUACAAAGCAUGAGCAAUUCUCUUGAGGUCGCCAAAGACCAGGUUCAAGCCAAAGAAUAUUUGAUCGCCAAGCAGGAGCAGGAAAGCACUUUGGAGAUUGAGGCACUUAGAAAUCACAGUGCAGUCCUUGAAGAGGAGUUAAAUCAGCUGAGGGAGGAAAUCCAAACUAAAGAAGAUGAGGUAGACAUUUUAAAAGUUAAGAACUGCAAGGAGUCAGAAGUGCUACAAAAUGAGAUCCAGACUCUAAAGAAUCAAGUGGAAAGUUUGAGUGAAUCACUGAAGGCUGCAACAGAGCAGGUUCAGGCGAAAGAAAAUCUGCUGAUUCAAAAAGAAUUGGAUAUUUCUCAGGAAAAGGAUACACAUCAAAACAUGCUGACAACAUCUGAGGAGGAGAUGAGAGGGCUUAGAGAACAGAUCCAGACUAAAGAGGAACAACUAGUCACACUAAAGAAAGAGGGCUCCUCACAUUCUGACAUGCUACAGCAAGAGAUCAGAUGUCUAAAAAACCAACUAGAUAACAUGGUUGACUCUCUCACAAAGGCUGAGGAGAAGGUUCAGACCCAGCUAGUUAUGCUUAACAAGCAGGAGCAGGAGAGUGCUCAACAGAAGGAGCUUCUGCAGCAACAACUGUCUCAUUUUGAGGAUCAGGUCAGGAGCAUGAGGGAGGAAAUCCAAGCUAAAGAGGAACAGAUGAUACUGCGGAGGACUGACAGCUCAGAGCAGUCGGAUUUGCUAAAUCAAGAACUCCAAGGUUUGAAGAAACAGGUGGAGACUCUUGGUUCCUCACUGAGGAAGGCUGAGGAAAAUAUGCAGUCCAAGGAAGAUGUGUUGACUCAAUGUGAAGAAGAGAUUCAAAAACUAAAAGAAUCUCAGAGUAACAAAGAAAGCCUCCUCUUCAAGGCUGAAGAGAAGCUUCAGAUCUUCCAGACAGAGUUGUCUGCUGUCAACACACUCAUAGCUGAUAAAGACCAAAAUCUCAACACUCUCAGAGAGGAGGUCACUGCCCAAGCUGACUUGUUACAAAAGGCUAAAGAGGAAGCUGAAGCCAAUGAGAAAAUUCUGGCUGAGAUAAAGGAGGAGAGCUCCAAACAGACAGAUGUUCUUCAACAUGAGAUCCAGGAUUUGAAAGGGGAAGUGAAUAACAUAUCUCUGAAACUUCUGGCUAAGGAGCAGAUGUUACUUAAAACUCAACAGGAGUCCGCUGAGCAGAUAGACCUCCUCCAGCAGCAGCUCGUCUCAGUAAAUGCAGAGCUGAACCAACACAGAGAGAGACAUGCUGCAGAGCUCAGACUGAAAGAGGAUGUGCACGAGCCGCAGGUUGUCACUCUCAGGGAAAAAGAGGCUCUUGUUCAGGAAAAAGAAGUACUCAUGGCCAGGAUACAUCAGGCAGAAAAGGGUCAAAAAUCUCUCGAGAAACAGCUUGAAGCCAUGGCCUUUGAGAAGGAGAGACUUGCUCAAGCCAAGCAGGCCAUAGAGAGAGAGAACACAGCCUCCUGUAAACUGAAAUCUGUGCUAGAGCAGGAACUGAAAAUAUUGAAGAGAGAAAGAGAGAAGGAGAAACUCUUGAAAGAGAAUGAAAAAACCGAAGAUAUUGAGAUGCUGAAGAGAGACCUACAGCAACAGCUCUCAUCUAAAUCAGAGGCUGCAGAACACUACAAGGGACAGAUGGAGAAAGCAAUGAGUCAUUACAAUGCCAAGAAGCAGCUUCUCCAGGGAAGCCAACAGGAGGUGGCUGAACUCAAGCAUUCCUUAGAAGUUAAAGAGAGUGAAGUAAACGCUAUUACCACGGAGAAUAAGCUACUUCAACGGGAUUUGGAGAAGGCCCAAACCAGUGAGAAAAAACUUUUGAACACAGUGGCCAAUUUGAAGGCACAGCUGGCCAAUGCUGACCAUAUUCUGCGGGUACAGAAUAAGAUUCAUAGUAAUGAAGGAAGUGCAACAGACUUGUGUCACUUGGACAUUCCCAACACACGCUCAAGUAUUCAGAUGAGGGUGAAGAGGACCAUGAGCUCUGAUAGCCUGGACCAGAGCUCUCUGGAAGACUCUCUGAACAACACAAGGAAACUUUCAGCACCUGAUGAAUCAAGCACACCACUUGUUCGCAGUUCAGAGCGCUUGGCAGCCAAACGUCGGGGUCUACAGGCGGAUUCAUUGGAAACACUGUAUUUCACACCUAUAAACACUAGACAGAUUAACAGGACCAGUACAGACAACAAAAUGGAACUGGAUUCCGCCCUCAAAAAUCCAACUUCAUCUGUCAAACGGCGCAGGACCACGCAGGUUAUAAACAUCACUAUGACCAAGAAAACCCCAGGCUGCAAUGAAGGUGAUGACACUUUCUACAGUCUGGUCUCAGCUCGCUCCCACCCAAACCUCUCCAGUGCUCACUCUGCACGACCCGUGUCAAUGGAGCUGUUUGACACACCUGCCAGAAUGACGGGCGCUGCCAGCGAUCAACUCAUUGGUCUUCCAGGGUUCAGACGGAGCACAAUCAAUUCACAGACCACUAGUACAUUUUGUGUGGGGGCAGAGAACGAGCCAGAGGGAGCGCCUGAAGAUUGGAUGAGGAUUGCUGAGCUCCAGAGCAGGAAUAAGGCCUGCCUUCCUCAUCUAAAGAGCAGCUACCCUGUGGAGUCUGAGACUGGCCGUGGCGGUGCAUUCAUUUUCACAGAUGAAGAACUACGUACAGGUGACCCAUCUGACACAAUCCGUCGGGCGUCCAUGAUGCCUGGGCAGCUGCAAGACUCUCUCGUUUCCCACCGGCACUCUCUCAUGAUGGGACCGUCAGGUGCUGCAGCCAAUACUCGUUCUCGUCUGUCCUUGAUGCCCGGCCAGCUGCCAUCAAAGACAAUCAGCUCCUCUCAGCUGAGAAGCCCGAAAGGCACAAAGCGGUCUUCAUCUACAUUGUCUGUACAUAACACUACGCCUGAGAAAAAGAUGAAGGCCAGCUGCUUCCCCCUAACCCCCAAAAACAAGAAUGUGAACAGUGGUCCUUCCAGCUCUCAGCUUCACCCUGCCCUCAGUCCAGCUGAGCGGAGGCAGUCUAUGAUGUUCACUGUUGAGAACACCCCUAAAGCCAACAACUACCUGAAGAAGGGGCUGAACAAACUACGCAGCUCCACCAGAAAAUCCCCAGGAAAAAGUUCAAAGUCGCCUGCUCAGAAAAGUGCACGCAAAUACCAAGAAAACAUACCUUCAGGAAAUCCUCACACUAGAGUGGGACGAGCUGGCAGAGUUACUAAAGGACAGAAAUCUCCACAAACCACCAGCAGGACUGCAAAGUCUCCUGGACUGACUGCUAGUGCUCGCAAGAUGAUAAUGAGGAAGAUGAAGAUGUGAGGACAGUUCUACUUGAUCAUACUUCCUUAUUUUAUGUUGUUGUCCUUCAGGAUUUUUUAAAAAACCUUUAAAGCUUGUCUUUGUUUGAUUUUUUUUUUUUUUUUUUUUUAAUUUUUUCUGUAAUUAUAUUUACGUGUUUCUUAAUAAAAAUUUA